AUGGCUCCGAAAUUCCCCAAAUUCCAGCGCUUGGCUGGGAAAGAAAUCCCGGAUUUGGUUUCAGGAUUUCCCUCAGGAUUUCAGGAUUUUCCCCCGGGAUUUCGGGGUUUCUCUGGAUUUUCACCCCGAUUUCCCCCUUUUCCCGGGUUCCCAGAGCUGCUCUGCCGGACGCUCGGCAGCUCCCGGACGUGCCAGGCCGGCUGGAAAUCCCACGGGAGCAGCUGCUACUCCUUUUCCAUGGAUUCCCUGGGCUGGGCCAGCGCCCGCAACGCCUGCGCCGACCUCGGCGCCCACCUGGUGGUGGUGAACUCCGAGCUGGAGCAGAUGUUCCUGCUGGAAAACAGCGACCGCAGCGCCUCCUACUGGCUGGGGGCGAGCGACGGCGUCAAGGAGGGCAAGUGGGAGUGGGUGACGGGCGAGGAGCCCAACUUCCGAUUUUGGGACGUGUGGGUGACGGACCCGGACAAGGAGCACAAGGAUUGUGGAGCCAUCGGCCCCAAGGGCUUCUGGAUCUACGAGCGCUGCUCCCACCCCCACCGCUGGAUCUGCGAGAAAUCCGGGAAUUGCUGAAUUCCUGCUUUUUCCCCCCAUUUCCAGGCGAUUUUGGAGCCGAUCCAUGAAAAAAAAAAAAAAAGAAUUUUCCCCCGGAAUUUUGAAGUGAUUUGCUCAGAGCUGGACGAGAAUCUGGAGGCGAUCCCGGGUUUUGCCUCUGAACGGCCGGAAAAUUCCCGAAAAAUCCAUCAGAUUCCUGAAAAAACUCACAAAAUCCCAACCUGCCCCCCAAACUCUGGGGAAAAAGGGAAUUUUCAGCUAAAGAAGGACUGAAAUGGUUCAAAACCAACUCCAAGGGGCAAAACAACGAUCCCGCUUUUUCCUUUUCCCGCCCAAUUCCGAGUGGCGGUUUCUGGUCAAUCCUUGGAAAACGCAAUUUCUGGGAAAUCCGGAUUUUUUUCCCAUUUUUUCAA